CCUCUUCCACCAAUCCUCGAUUCAAUUGAAACUGGUGAACAUGAUGCGACAGUGUCGUACUUUCCACCCAAGGAAGCGAACAUCACUUUCCAUAUUGAAUACUACCCUGAAGACAAUCGGGAAUAUGCAAAUGUAAUCGAAACCAAGGCUACACUCGUUCGAUUGCGAGGUCUAGAUUCUGGUACGGCUUUUCGGAUAAAGAUCAGGUCCGUCUACAAUGGCGUCCUUUCACCAGAUAUGAUAGAGUCUGUCUUUCGAACUAGUGGAGCUGAAGAUAGCCUGGCAAACUCACAGCUUCUACUAGUUUUAGCUGAGUAUGACUACGAGAAUUCGGCCGAAACCUUCAGUAUUCGCACUUUGCCACCGGGAUUUGAUCUUGCCACAACAACAGCAGCAAAUGCAAUAGGUAAAAGUGACGAUUACCUGUACUCGGCUGAGGACCUCGAUGAUGAGGAUUCGUUGACUAGUACCAUCUACUUCCGAGCUAACAACUGUUACAUCAGUUCCAUCAUCGUCAGAAGCAGUUACGUCUACUACAACUACAGGCAUAUUUACCACAAAUACACCGCAGCAGUCCACUUCUUCAUUGGAUUCGUCUAUCAGUUCUACGGAGAAGUCGAGCAGGCUCUCCAGCUUCUCUCGGCAAAGCAGAUGGCUGCUGAGUUCGGUGAACCGUCUUGGAUUAGCAUGAGCGAUGAGGCAAAUAUGAUACGAUUGAACUGGACCAUACCAGAUGGUUCACUAUGUGAUGCAUUUUUGGUGAAUUACACCGUUGUUACACUAACCCGUCCUAAAUCCUACUCUGUUGCAACAAUGGACGACUUUCUUCUAAUUAAGUUUUUCGCGAAUCACACAUUGGACCUCCGAGUAUUCUGCAUGCUGGCUGGUUCAGUAUCCAAGACCUGGUGGGCACAUCGAAUCGUUCAACUAACAAAUCCUCAACCUGUCCAAGAUGUUCGUAUCAUUUCGUCCGAGACGGACGAGUUCUACGUCUCGCGGAUAUCGAUUGAUUGGGAUUGGCCGGCUUUUCAUAAUCCUGAUCUCUAUCACAUCAUUAUUUCUUACAGUAUCAAUGGAGGUACCGAGACGGAAUUCGAAAUUACGGAAUCCGAACAGAAACCGUUUGUGUUGAACAAUCUCGAACCAACUCAGCUUUACCGUAUCAGUGUUCGGAAUGAAUCGCUUGAACUCGGCCUCAGUUCUAAAGUUGUUCAACUCGAACGCAUUACCCCUCCUAUAAUAUCGUCGAUGAUAUCACCGGGAAAAAUUUCAUCGACGUCAAUCAACAUCAACUUUGGCGAUUCGGAUAUUGAACAGGGACGUUUCGACUACUACGAGCUGAUUUUCACUGGGAACAACAAGAACAUCACACAAAAGAUUCAAGUCAAUGAAGAGUGA